AUGACUGAAAAUAAAACUGUAUUAUAUUCAUAUUGGAGAUCAUCAUGUUCAUGGAGAGUCAGAGUAGCACUUGCUUAUAAGAAAAUCAAAUAUGAAUAUAAAGCAAUUCAUUUACUUAAAGAUGGUGGUCAACAAAAAUCAGACGAAUAUUCAAAAUUAAAUCCAAUGAAAGCAAUUCCAACAUUAGAAAUUGAUGGACAUAUAAUUGGACAAUCAUUAGCAAUUUUAGAAUAUUUAGAGGAAACACACCCAGAGAAUCCACUUAUGCCAAAGGGAUCAUAUGAACGUGCAAUUGCAAGACAAAUGAUGCAAAUUAUUGGAUCAGAUAUUCAACCACUUCAAAAUUUAAAGGUCUUAGGAUUAAUUGCUCAAUAUAGUGGUGACGAUUCUAAAAAAUCUGAAUGGGCACGUACUGUAAUUACAAAUGGUUUCAAUGGUUUAGAGAAAUUAUUAGAAAAACAUAGUGGCAAAUUUUGUGUUGGUGAUAGUGUUAGCUUUGCUGAUCUCUGUUUACCUGCUCAAGUUUACAAUGCUAAUAGAUUCAACGUUGAUAUGACACCAUAUCCAAAUAUUACUCGUGUAAAUCAACACCUUUUAACUAUUCCUGAAUUCAUCGAAGCCUUACCACAAAAUCAACCAGAUGCAGAACCACAAUGUUAA